AUAUCUACCCAUACAUUUUUAUGGGGUCAAAGUUUCUAAACCCUGAACCCUCCAAAACACCUAAUCUCUAUCCCUCCACUCCAACGCCUGCAAGUCUGCAACCCCUUCAAAAAUCAUGUCUUAAUUCCAGCAUUUCUGAUGCUGCAAUCUUCAUCCUCAUAAAAGUUACAAUCUUUAUUCUAAAUUAAUCGAGUUUAAUGGUGUUCAAACGACUUCACUUAAGUUUAAUGGCCACUUCUUCUAAUCCUGCUACCUCCAUUUUUGGGUCUUGUAGACCAUCUUUCAUGGCUAAGACACGACACAACACAUUACAGAGUUAUGCAGCCACCUAUUUUCCAUGUACAUCUGUCAGUAGUUGUGGUAUACAUACGAAAGGACCAGUGAUACAGUUUAAAAAGGUUAGAGGAACCUGUAAGGUGAUGGCCCAGCAGUCAAAAUAUAUCAGGUGUGACUUUGGGUGUAAUGGUUUCAGAGAACUUGUUGAUGAAUCAAGGAAGGGAGGUAGCAUUUGUUCUCUUUCAAUAAUUGGGUUUGCAAGUCAACUUUUGCCUUCUACUUCAAGUCUCAGUAUUUCAAGUAAAAGCAUUAGACCUACAUAUGUAGCUUUAGCUAAGAAGAUGCUCUCCACAAAGGCAAUGCCAGAGUCUGGUCUUAGUGGUACAAGCCCUAGCAACCCUGUGCUUGUAAAAGAUGGAAAAAGUGGUAGGUAUUUACCGAAAUCUAUUGCUUCCAAUAAACACCGAAAGCGAGUGAAGGCAUUUGCCACUCAAGGGAGUACUGAAGUUAGUCCAAAGCAUACUUUUCCUAGUCAGAUGGUUAGGAAGAAUAUUCCUGAUCAUCGAGUAUCUGGCCGUAAAAAUGUCAAGUCUGUAAAUUCUAUUCAAGUGCUGGACAUAGACGUGCAAAAGGAAGCAAACUCUGCACAGUCUUUCUCCGCUCCAAUUCCGGUUGGCAGUAAAGCAGAGUCAGAGAAUGAAGCAAAACCAAAACCAAAGCAGAGACCACGAAACAAGAAGAAGAAAGAAGAGCCAUCUGAUACACUGUCCUAUCUUGAUGCUGUUCCCUCAAAAGGAUCUAGAAGAGUUAAAAAACCAAAUUUCCUGUCACCACAGACUGCUGAGAAUAGCUCAGUUGUUAAUAUACCUAAGGAAGAGGCUGACCUUUCUGGAUCACCUCAAGCCGUGCCUAAGAAAAAACCGUCCAAACCUGGGAAGAAAGGGAGAUCUCUGAAACAAGAUGACUCAGAGAAAAAAACAGACGGUGCUUUACACGAACCUGAGAAAGUGGCGGAGGAGGCACCUUCUACCCCAAAACCACCUCAGAAACCAAUUCCACCGACUGUUAAUGGGAUCAGGUCAAUCAAGUUAAGUCCAUUGUACCCUCCUACAGGAAAAUCUGUUUUGGUGGUGGAGUCCCUCACUAAGGCAAAGGUUAUUCAGAAAUACCUUGGUGACAUGUAUGAAGUUAUACCGAGUUAUGGCCAUGUGAGGGACUUGCCUGCUAAGUCAGGGUCCGUGCUUCCUGACGAAGGCUUCAGUAUGGUAUGGGAGGUUCCAUCCAAAGCCGCGACUCAUCUCAAGAGUAUGAAGGUUGCAAUUAGUGGAGCUGAUAAUCUUAUUCUUGCGUCAGAUCCUGAUCGAGAAGGAGAGGCUAUUGCUUGGCAUAUCAUCGAGAUGUUGCAGCAAAAGAAUGCUUUGCGUGAUAAUAUGACUAUUGCCAGGGUUGUCUUUCAUGAAGUAACAGAAUCAGCAAUAAAAACUGCUCUGCAGACUCCAAGAGAUAUUGACGUUAACUUGGUCCAUGCUUAUCUUGCUCGACGUGCACUCGAUUAUUUGAUUGGAUUCAACAUUUCCCCUCUUUUAUGGAGAAAGCUUCCUGGCUGUCGGUCUGCUGGACGAGUACAAUCAGCUGCUCUUUCUCUUAUAUGUGAUAGAGAAAUAGAAAUUGAGGAAUUUAAACCACAAGAGUAUUGGAGUGUGGAAGCCACAUUCGGUGCUUCAAAUGCUGAAACAUCAACAAACAAGUCUUCUCUUCGUUCAUAUUUGACUCAGUUUGAUUCCAAAAAGUUGAAUCAGUUUUCAAUUGGCUCAGAGACCGAAGCAAGGAUUAUAGAGAAGAUGGCUUACUCGUCUAAUUUCAAAGUCGUUGCUGCUAAGAGAACCAAAGUAAACAAAAAUCCUCCCACUCCCUAUAUAACAUCAACCCUUCAGCAAGAUGCUGCAAAUAAGUUACGUUUUUCUGCUUCCUAUACAAUGAUGCUGGCACAGAAGUUGUAUGAGGGGAUUGAGUUUGCAGAUGGCGAGGCGGCUGGAUUGAUAACAUACAUGAGGACUGAUGGUUUACAUAUAUCUGAUGAUGCUGUAAAGGAAAUAUGUUCCUUGGUUGGAGAACGUUAUGGUUCCGUGUUUGCUGUAAGUAGUCCACGCAAAUUUUUUAAAAAGGUGAAGAAUGCCCAAGAAGCACAUGAAGCCAUUAGACCCACAGAUAUACGAAGAUUACCAUCAAUGCUUGCAGGAGCUCUUGAUGAAGACUCCUUAAAGUUAUACACUUUAAUUUGGGCCCGUACAAUGGCCUGUCAAAUGGAAGCUGCAAGAGCUGAUCAGAUACAGCUUGAUAUUGACAAUAAUGAUGGGUCCCUUUCUUUCCGAGCUGCUUGUACUGCAAUUGAUUUCCCUGGGUUCAGGUCAGUUUAUGAAGAUGUGGAGACUCGGGCUAUUAACGAUAGUGACAAUGAACCCUCUGAGCGUGCUGAAAUAUUUAAGAUCCUCGGUAAUCUUAAACAAGGAGAUCCUUUGUGUCUUGUAGAUUUGGAAACAAGUCAACAUCAUACUCAGCCUCCGCCUCGCUACUCUGAGGCAUCGUUGGUGAAAAAGAUGGAAGAGCUUGGAAUUGGACGACCUUCAACAUAUGCAAGCAUAAUGAGGGUUUUACAAGACAGGAAAUAUGUUACAGCAAAAAGCCGAGUGCUAAAUCCUGAAUUCCGUGGCCGUAUGGUCGCAGCCUUUCUCUCUCAGUAUUUUAACGAGGUGACAGACUAUAGUUUUACCGCUGAAAUGGAAAAUGAGCUUGAUAACGUUUCUGCUGGGUCAACUGAAUGGAAAGGGCUCCUGAAGGAUUAUUGGGAUAGGUUUAGUACUUAUUGUGAGCUUGCUGGCAAAGUUCACAUUCAUGAAGUAGAAAAGAUGCUUGGGAAAACUUAUGAAAGCUUCCUUUUCUCCGUGCUUCCUGAAGAGAGCCGAACAUGCCCCAGUUGUAAGGAGGGUGCUCUAAUCUUUAAAGUUAGCAGAUAUGGUGCAGGGUACUUUAUGGGUUGUGAUCAACACCCCAACUGCAAGUUUAUAGCUAAGACAAUGUUCGGAAAAGAGGAUAAAGACCAAUCUUCUCUGAACUUUGAAGGGCCAAAGGUUCUGGGUACUCAUCCUGUUUCCGGCGAUAAGGUCCUUUUGAAGGACGGCCCUUAUGGGUGUUAUGUACAGCUUGGUGAAGAUAGAAAAGGAGAUUUACCCAAACGAGCAUCUGUAUCUCAGAUCAAGGAUGUGAACUCAAUUACGCUGGAAGAUGCUAUUGAUUUGCUUCGCUACCCUAUUACACUGGGAAAUCAUCAUGAAGAUGGCCUGCCAAUACAAAUAAAGAUUGCAAAAUCAGGAUUUAGCAUUACGCAUCAACGUAACAUAGCUCCUGUGCCAGAGACCUUGGCUCCAAGUGAUAUUGAUAUGAAGCAAGCACUGGAGUUGCUCUCAGGUCCAAAUGUUAAAAGAUCUGUUAAACGAUAUGAUUUCCCAAAGGCUAAAAAGCGUGUGGGAAAAGCUGUUGCUAACUUGUAGGAUGUUGUCUCGCUCUACUUGCUCCAUUAUGCACACAUACACGUCUGUGAAGCUUGCAGCUACUUGAAUAAGUAUAUAGUUUUCAGGCAAUUCACUUGGUUUUCAAGAAGCACUCUUACGGAGACUCACAUAACAACCGGGAAUUGGCGCGUUGAGCUGGUAGUGAGAUGUACACUCGAAGCAGCAAUAUGACAGUAUGUAAUUAUGUGCUUAGAGUAAGUUAGUUGUAGAUGGUUCCUAUUCUUUUGAUCAUGAGUUGCCAGCCAUUUUUUGUUUGUCCAUAGUUUUAGUCUAUAGAGAAGUAGGCCUCUUGUUUAGUGUCAUAGUCAAAAAAUGUCAAUUCCUCAAUAGGUUAUUCACCAAGAAUAAUUGAAUAUAUUUGUCAAGAUUUUAUUGAUUCAUAUCCCAAAUGCAUUAUAUGCUUCUAUAAAAAAAAUAGAUGCCUUUGUA